AUGGAUUAUGGAUAUUAUAGAAAGUGUAAAACAUGUAAAAAGAGAAGACGUCAUAAAGAUCUCAGUGCCCGACAGUGUAAUAUGUGCGAUCAACAAUCAUUAAAUGGAAAUAAAAUUAUAGAUAAUUGGCUUGUUAAAACAACGGGGAUCAGUGUUAGCAGACAUUCUUUUAUGGAAUUUAUUCCAUAUGAACGGUUUAAUGAUAUAAUUUAUAUUUCUGAAGGCGGGUUUAGUAAAAUAUACAAAGCGACAUGUGUUAAUGGUAUAAGAGAUAAAUGGAAUGGUCACAAGCAAAGAUUUGAAUAUAUUCAAAAUGCAAAAGUUGUUCUUAAAAGUCUUAAUAAUUCUGAAGCUAUAAGUCAUGAUUUUUUAAAUGAGUUAAAAAAUUAUUUUCAAUGCUUCGAUCAUUAUGUAUCGAUAAUCCAAUAUUACGGCAUCACACAACAUCCCGAAACAAAAGAUUACAUGAUUGUAAUAGACUUUGCAAAAAAUGGUGAUUUAUAUAAUUUUAUUUCAAAAAAUUUUCUUGCUAUGUCUUGGAAGCAAAAACUAGGGACGUUAAGAGAUAUAGCACGGGGACUUCGAACAAUGCAUAAAGAUCCAUUCAAUUUUAUUGAAGACAAAGAAAAUAAUGAAAUAAAAACAUCAACCCAGAAUAAACAAUUAUCGAAAAUGGACUUAAGUUUUCUAUGCAGCAGCAAACGAACUUUGUACUAUUAUCAACAAGAAUCAGAACCACUCUCACAUCCUAAUCUUAACAUUCCAAAAAAGCAUCAUCUUUACGAAAAUAAUUUGGUUUAUAACGAUAUUCAUAGUAAAAAUAAAAGGCAAAAAAAUAAUGAGGAUACACAGUAUCAAGAUAAUCAUAAUUAUCAAAGUAAAGAAUUUGAGUUUGAUAUUAACCGAUAG